AUGCUGAUGAAUGGACCGAGCAAGAAAAAGCACCGCAAUCUAGCGUCUUCAUCUCGUCUUGGAAAUCAUCUAUUUGAGUUAUCAUCUCUUCUGGCUAUUUCGAGAAAACUGAACAGGACCCCAACUGUUUUUGCAGUUGAACCUUAUCAUGAAAAAAUGCUGCAAGAUACGGAUUUAGUGAUUCCAGGGUUGCUUGAUCAUUUUCUGAUUAUCAACUCGACUCUCCUCACUCCACUUUUGGAUGGUGGUUGGGAUACUUGUCGAAAGGCAAUCAAGUGUAUUAUACUGAUAUUAGAUAUACGGAUGAUCCAUCAGGAACAUUCAGUGCAGACGAUUACUACCCAACGAACUGGAUACCUUUAA